AUGCCGAUCCUUUACUUUCCUCCAGCAAGGAAGCGACUUUUCGAAUCAACAUACUGUCCGCCCGAUUGUAUGAUCCCAACUGGCGACACUCAGGCUUACAAGCUUGCUCCACAAAAGUUUCGCUGGGUCUACAACAAGCUCACGGUCGCCGAGCUACAAGGCCUUAAAUGUGGGCCACAUGCAAUUGCGCCAGAUGAACAAUAUCCAAUUUUCAGUAAGCCCUUGUUGAACCUCUGGGGCUUGGGGACAGCUGCACGAGUGAUUGAAACACCAGAGGAGUACUGGCAGACCAUUAUGCCAGGGCACAUGUGGUGUACUUUACUGUCCGGAAAACAUUAUAGCACGGAUAUCGCCGUCGCUGCAGGGAAACCCGUCUGGUUCAGCCACUCAAUAGGCGUGCCGGGUCCACGGCAAACAUUUGACUACUGGGAGGUCAACGUCGCAGUAGAGGAUUAUGUACAGGCGAAUCUUGCUGCCUUUGUUGAGGCUCACCUGAGUGAAUAUACCGGGAUGUUAAACGUGGAAUCAAUUGGGGGGAAGAUUAUCGAGAUCCAUUUGCGGUUCACCUCCCAAUGGCCGGAUCUAUACGGGCCCUGGUUCCUGCCUUCCUUGGUGGGCCUAUACUGCAACAAAGGUUGGACAGGUCCUGAGACACAAGGACAAACGGGCUACAGUGUCGCACUAUUCGAUGAUGAAAAAUAUGCACCUGUUGGCACUACCAUCUCAUCGGAGACUCUACAGGAAAUGGAAAAGGCUUUUGAUGUCAGCAGUAUAGUGGUGGAUUAUGAUCCUGCGGUUCCCCUGGAAUCGUGGCCCAGGCCUGCAGGCGGUUUCAGGUUAGCAGCCAUCAAUGGGUUUGACUUGGAGAAAUGCAUGGUCGCAAGACAAAUAUUCCAAAAGUAUCUGCACGAUAUGUAUAACAACCAGGAGACUGUGGAUGUCAAAACAUGGAUGAAGGAUGGUACUCAGGUUUUACACGAGCAGAAAGUAGUUGCGUUCGACACGCUAAAAGCUAACGCCACACACUAG